UAUCCGUCAAAAAUUGGCGCUUGUGCUGACAAACAGCUGUUUACGUAUUAAAUUCAUCACGUUUAACGUGAAUAUUUGUUGUGUUUAAAUGUGUGCGUGUGUUUAAUUUAUAUAACAAUUUUCUUCCUGAAUUCCCCCAAUCGCUUAUAUAUGUUUUAAAAUAUAAACCUAACGCGAUGAGUGAUCCGGUGCCCGAAUCGACGCCCCAAUCCGCCGACAAUAACGCCAAAGAAGUGCCAAGCGAUGUGAUAAAAACCGACGACGGGUCGGAACAAGUGCCUGGCGCGUCCGGGGAACUACCCCGUGGCGCCGACGAUGUGCCCAAAGUGUCGAACAGUUUGAGCGCGAGUGUCACCUCCCUGGACAGUGUCGGGACCACGUCGUCCGUCAAGAGCUUCAAGUCGGGCAUCAGGCCGCCCAGCUCCCGGAUAGGGAGGCUGUGCGGCGGCACGCACAAACCUGCAGUACCCACAACCCCAACGAAAACUGGUAGCACUUCAUCUAUGGACGCUCUUUGGAACGCCCAUCCACGCAAAGUGAGCGAAGCAGGACUUAGCGGUCACUCAGAUUCCAGCGCGAUCCUGACAGAAGACACCGACAGCUUCAUCAUAGGACAGCGGGUGUGGGUGGGUGGCACCAAGCCGGGCAGGAUCGCCUUCAUCGGCGAGACCCAGUUCGCACCCGGCGACUGGGCGGGCAUAGUCCUCGACGAACCCAUCGGGAAGAACGACGGCUCCGUCACCGGCAUUAGGUACUUCCAAUGCGAACCGAAGAAGGGCGUGUUCUCGCGCCUCACCAGAUUGACCACCGUGCCGCUGGAAAUGCCGGGCAUGGGCUCCGGGGACACGUUCGCCUGUUCCACCCCCACGAACGGCGUCAACAGGAGUCCGGUGUCGCCCACGGGUAGUUCGAGGAGUUUGCUGAAGUCCCCCAUGUCCACAUAUGGUUCUAACACGAGUCUUGCGUCCACCGCCCACAUCGAUUACAAACUGGGCGACAGAGUUAUCGUAAAAUCAAGCCAGGGCAGCAAAGUGGGUUAUGUCAGGUACAUCGGUCCUGCUGAGUUCGCCAAGGGCGAAUGGGUUGGCGUUGAGCUGGACGAACCCAGAGGCAAGAACGACGGUUCCGUCAAUGGAAAAAGGUAUUUCGAGUGUCGCCCCAACUUUGGGCUCUUUGCUCCGCCGUCGAAAGUCAGUAAAUCGCCCAGUAAAAUCAAGCCCAGCUCUUGCCAAGUACAUCCGGGCGGAGGUUUACCUCCCACCGGAUUGAGGAGGGCUAACUCGAAGGAAUCGAUGGUUUCCUUGUCUUCUAUGACCAGCGCUGCGUCUGGCAUUAGAAGGGUAAGAGUGUCUAACUCAGCUAUGAGCCCCCCGGUUAAGAAACUAGCACCCAAAAGUAGCACCACAACGCCCAUACCAACCAGAACGGCCCUCCAGGACGUACUAAAAGAAAAACAACAGCACAUCGAACAACUGCUCAAGGAACGGGAUCUUGAACGUGCCGAAAUCACGAGAGCGGCCAGUUUGGCCGAAGAAGCCGAACAAAAAUACGUCCAAAUUAAACAGGAAUACGAUAAGUACCGACUCGAAUGCGAGGAGAAGCUGCAGGAGCACAUGGUUCUCCUGAACAAGCUGAAAGAUGACAGGAGCGAACUGAUUGCCCAGUUGGAGAACGAAAAGCGGAAAAAUGAAGACCUGCUGUUUCAGUUUGAGGAAGCCGCAAUCACUAAGGGUGAUGUUGAGGGAAAAAUUUUAGCACAAAAACAAGAGAAUGAAUCCAAAGAUGCUAGAAUUAAGGAACUGGAAGACUUGCUCACGACUGAGAAGCAGAAAGGUGAGGCGGAUGCCACAAAACUAUUCGAAUCAGAAGAAACGCUCAUGAAGGCCAGAGAAGAAAUAGAAAAUUUAAAAACAGAGUUACUGAGUGCAAAAGGCAAUUCAGAAUUAGUAGCAACUUUACAAAAAGAUCUGGAAGAAAGUCGAAACGCGGUGAAUCAAAAUUUAGAAACUAUAAAGUCAUUGGAAGAAAACUUAACAACGGCCACUUGUGCCAAUGAAAAGUUCAAGGAAGAAUUGGAGGAACUCAGCAGAAAAAUAACGGAAAACAAAGAUGUUUCAUCUCAAAAAGACAAUGACAUUUCUAUAUUUAAAGCGGAGAUUGAAAAGUUGCAAAUCGCCUUAAACGAAAAGACUGAACAAUUAGAAAAACUUACUAAAGAAACGUCUGUCGCACAAUCUGAUUUAAACAAAGAAUUAGAAAAGCUAAAAAUGGAUUUGAGUGCUAAAAAUAUUGAUUUAGAAACACAAACUGAUAAUGUUAAAUCAAAGGAGGAAACAAUCGUCCAAUUAGAAAAAGAAUUAGCCACAUUGAAAACUGAUUUGAAUAGCAAAAACAGCGAAUUAGAAAAGUAUCAUAGUAAUUUAAGUGAUUUAGAAAAUGAUUUACGUACCCAAUUGGAAGCAGCAAAAGAAGAACUGAAAACUAAAGUACAAAAUUUCGAAAAAGUCGAAAAUGAAUUAAGGUCAGUAAUCGCACAAAAAGAAGAAGAGAUCAAAAUUAAAGAAGGUGCUAUUUCUGAAAACUCAAAUAAUGAAAAACAGGUCAAAGAACAACUUAAUAAAUUAACCGAAGAAGUGAAAUUAAAGUCGCAAGAAUUUGAAAGCUUACAAAACAAGAUGACUUCCGAAAUACAGAACAAAGAAAAAGAACUGGAGGAAAAGAAUGCUGUUAUAACCAAACAUGCAGAAGACAUAAAACAAUUAACAGAAAAAAUUGAAAGAAUAAGUAAAUCCUAUGAGGAAAAUAAUAACAAGUUACUUGAAAAAUAUUCCGUUGAGUCCACAGAAAAGGAUAAGAAAAUUAAAGAAAUUUCUGAACAGCUUCAGGUUAAAUUGGCCGAAUUAAAAGCUAUUAACACCGAACAUAAUAAAGUUAAGACAGAGUUAACCAGUCAAUUGGAAAUAAACAAAAAUAUCUCAGAACAAUUAGAAUCCAUCAGAAAAGAAUUAUCAGAAAAUAAUGAAGCAAAGAAUACUGAAUUAAAGAAUAUGGAAGAUAGUUUAAAAGAAAAAGAUAACCAAAUUCAAAAUUUGCAAACAGAACUUCAAACCACCAAACUAGACCUUCAAACAGUAUCAAAUGAUUUAGUACAGUAUCAAAGUAGCUUAUCCGAUGUUGAAAACAAUCUAAAGAAGGAACGUGACGAAAUUAAGGAGAGUUUGAAAGAAAAAAUUGUGGAAUUUGAAGAAACAAAAUCCCAACUAGGCAAUUCUUUGGCGGAAAAAGAAAAGUAUAUUGAAAAGUUGACUGCUGAGAUUGAAGAAAAACGUUUACAAAUAGAAACGGCUGAGAAAAGUUUUGAUUCAGCUAAAACCAGCAAUGAAACUAUCAUAAAAGAUUUGAAUGAAAAGCAUCAAAAGGAGAUCGACGAAUUGAAACUUAGCUUAAAUAAAAUUACUGAAGAAUUAAAUAAACAGAAUGAGACUUCUAAAAAUCUACAAGACUCAACCAACAAUCUUCAAGAGGAGUUGACAAAGAAACAAACGGCCAUGGAAUUACUACAAAAAGAAUUAACCGAAUCUCAAAACAACUACAAAAUUUUAGAAACGGAAAAUGCCACAAUAUUGCGAAAUGAAAUCGAAAAUGCCAAAAAAGAAGCUACAGCUACACAAGAAACUAUUAAAGCUGAUUAUGAAAAGCUAUUGAAGGAACAACAAGAUUCGUUACUUCAAAAAUUGAAAGACUCAGAGGGUACUCUUUCAGCUAAAAUAAAAGAGGUGGAGAAAUUAAAUAUUAAAUUAACUGAAGAAGUAGCAAAUAAAGAAAAAACAAUACAAGAUAUUAAUGAAAGUCUAAAACGUUCAACAGAAGAACAAAAUAAAUUAGUGUCGGAAAUCAAUGUAUUAAAGUCUGCUCAGGAAACUUCAUCUAAAGAAUUACUCGAAAAACACCAGCAGGAAAUUCAACAAAGGGAAGCAACGUUGGCUUCUAAUUCCGAGGAACUGAAGUUAAAAAUUAACGAAAUUAAAGCACUUAAUGAAGCCAAUGAGUUGUUACAAAAAGAUGUAUCAAAUAAAACACAAGAUUUGCAAACGUUGACACAACAGUUGGAAGAAAUCAAAACUCAACAAGAGACCCUAAAAAAGGAAAACGAUAAAAUAAAAGAUGACUUAACGAAUAUACAAGCUGGUAAACAAGAAACGGAAAACAAAUUGCAAGAAUCAAAUACAACAAUAAAAGAAUUACAGGAAACAAAACAAAAACUUGAAAAUGAUUUGCAAUCUUUGGCUACCACUUCUGGAGAUUCCAACGAGAAACUUCAGCAACUAUCUCAGCAGUUGUUAGAGAAGGACAAACUUUUCGAGGAGUCUAAAACAAAAUAUAUAAGUGAAUUGGAAGGUUUACAGAAAUCUCUUGCUGAAGCUCUUAAUGAUAAAAAGAACACAGAACACAUAUUAGAUAUGCAGAAAGUUGAAUAUGAAGAAAAAUUACAAAAAGCAGACCAGAGCAAAGUAAUCACAGAAUUGGAGAAAUACAAGAAAGACUUAGAACAAGCACUGGAAACGCAAAAAGUUGAGUAUGAAGAAAAAUUACGAAAUGCUGACAUGAGCAAAGUAAUCACAGAGUUGGAGCAAAGCAAGAAAGACUUGGAACACGUAUUAGAAAUGCAAAAAAUUGAGUUUGAAGAAAAAUUACAGAAAGCUGAUCAGAGCAAAGUAAUCGCAGAAAUGGAAAAAAGCAAAAAGGACUUAGAACAGUUAUUGGAAAAACAAAAAAUUGAGUAUGAGGAUAAAUUGAAAAAAGCGAAUCAAAACGACAAAAUUGUCGAAUUAGAAAGGGCUCUGAAAGCCGCAAGAGAAUUACACCAAUUAGAAGUAGUACGAUUAAAGGAAGAUCUAACCAAGGCACAAAAAACUGUUGUUAAUGGUAACACUUUGGAACCCAACGAGGUACAAAAUAACAAUAAAUCCACUGAUUACAAGCAGCUGCUGGAGGAGAAGAUAUUCGCGGAGAAUCAGGUGGCCUUCUUGAACUCGAUCAUCGUGGACAUGCAAAAGAAAAACGAAGAACAGAAAGCUAGAAUCGAAAUUUUGGAAAUGGGAUACAGUCCGAAUGCUGCUGCAGAAUUACAAUUACUUGGGUACAACCCACAUGAAAGAGCAAUACCAGUAAGAAUGUACUGUGAUAUUUGUGAAGAAUUUGAUUUACAUGAAACAGAAGACUGUCCCCAACAAGCUUCAGAUGAACCAAUGGUUGGAAGUCAAGUAGUUGGACUUACUCCAGCCAAGGAGAAGCCGCCGCCAAGGCCUUAUUGUGAUAUCUGUGAGGUUUUUGGUCAUGAAACGGAGAACUGCACAGAAAUACAAGAAUUCUAGUUACAAAUUUGUAAAUAGUAUUUAUUUGUUUUUAAAUUAAUUCAAUUUGUUGAGGAUGUUCCAGUUAGUUUUAAAUAAUAGAAUAUUUUGUUAUAAAAAUUAUUUAUUGUUUUAUCUUACAAUACAAAUAAUAAAUACU